AAAAAAGUUUUUUGUAAAUAUUUUAGUUUGGGCGACAUUUUUAUCAUUUAAAAAAUGGAUUUUAGUUACGAAAAAUACAUUAGAACGGGCUGAAUAUGGUGAAAUUCGUUGAUCAAACUCCCCGUCAAGUGAAGUUUGUAUAAUUAGCGUGAAAGCUUGGCCUCUGGAAGUGGUUCUCUUGGCUGCCAUUCAUUUGGUGGUCUUCAGAAGUGUUUUGCUUGAAGCAGCAGAGGAAUCCGCAUCGGAAGGCUAGAACUUCUACGAUGAUGCCAAAAGAUCUGUGAUGUGAAAGUUGCUUGAGUUAUAUUUUUUUUUGUGUUUCUGUUGUGUGUUUACGCAAGAAAGAUGGACGGUAAACUAAAAAGCAAAAUCUAUAAUUGAAAACCUUGAACGUGAGUGUUACACGCCGCUCUAUUUCUGUUCUUCGUCGCAUCUCGGAUUCGUUUCCGCCCACGCCAAAAGGGCGGACGGAUAUAGCACAGCAAUACAACAGGGUAGAGGAGACAGAACUCUUCAGAGGGAGUUUGUUGUUGGGGUUCCGUUUGGUCCCAUUUCUGAAUCUCGAGCAAAGGAGCGCCCUAGCUGGGCCGCGGUCGCAAGUUGGAUUCCGAAAGCAUCUUCGGAGCGCCCCCCUCCGGGAGAAUGAUGGCUCCCUUCCGGCGCAAAAAGUCCAACAAGGAAUUUCCGGUCAAGGUGUGCACCUACGAUUCGGAGCUGGAGUUCCACCUGGAGCACCGCGCCACCGGAGGGUACCUGUUCGAUCUGAUCUGCCGAACGAUCGGACUCCGGGAGAAUUGGUACUUCGGGCUGCGCUACGUCGACAAGAAGGGCUACCACAGCUGGCUCAAGAUGGACAAGAAGGUGUUGGAUCAGCACAUCAACCUGACCCCGGAGGGCUGUGUGUUCAUGUUUAUGGCCAAAUUUUUCCCGGAAAAUGUCGCCGAAGAGCUGGUCCAGGAAGUCACCCAGCACAUGUUUUUCCUGCAGAUCAAGGAAGCUAUACUGUCGAUGGAAGUUUACUGUCCACCGGAGGCAUCGGUCCUGCUUGCAUCCUAUGCCGUGCAGGCUAAGUAUGGAGAUUAUGACGAAGCGGUUUGCAAACCGGGAAUGCUGAUCAGCGAGAAUUUGCUUCCACAGCGAGUGAUAGAUCAAUAUCAGAUGACUCCGCAGAUGUGGGAGGAGCGAAUCAAAACCUGGUACGCCGACCACAGGGGAAUGUCCCGUGACGAGGCGGAGAUGGAGUAUCUCAAGAUAGCACAAGAUCUGGACAUGUUCGGUGUCAACUAUUUUCCUAUAACGAACAAGAAAAACACAGAAGUAUACGUGGGCGUCACUGCCCUUGGUCUCAACAUCUACAGUAAAGAGAACAAACUGACCCCGAUGACAACGUUUCCGUGGAACGAAAUUCGCAACAUCAGCUUCGAUGGCAAGAAGUUCUUCGUCAAAACGAACGACGAGAAGGGCAACGUUUCGACAACCUUCUACUCGGAGAAGGCUCGAAACAACAAAGAGCUGCUGGACCUGUGCGUGGGCAAUCACGAGCUGUACAUGAAACGGCGCAAACCGGACACGAUGGAAAUCCAACAGAUGAAAGCCCAAGCCAAGGAGGAGAAACACCGGCGACAUAUCGAGCGUAACAAGCUAGCCCGCGAAAAACAACUGCGAGAGGAGGCUGAGCAGGAAAAGGCCAACAUGGAGAAAAGACUGAUCCAGCUGCAGGAGGAAAUGGCUGCGGCUAACGAGGCUUUGCGUCGAAGCGAGGAGGCAGCCGAACUCCUUGCCGAGAAGAAUCGCCUCGCCGAAGAGGAAGCAAUGCUGUUGUCCCACAAAGCGCUGGAAGUCGAACAGGAGAUCAAUCGGAUGCGGAUGACGGCUCGCAAAACCGAGGAAGAGAAAGUCUACCUGGAACGGAAAACACAGGAAGCCGAACUACUCACGGCACGCAUGAUCGAAGAAUCGCGAAAGCGCUCUCUGGAGGCCGAAAAGCUCAAAAACGAGCUGAUCCACGCCCGGGUGGCCGAAAAAGAGGCCAAGGAAAAGUUGCUAAACUUUCUGAGUCGAUCCUCGACCGAAUCGAUCUUCAUCACACCAUCCUCCUCGCCGGAAACACCGGCUCUCGAAGCCAAUACCUACGAUCUGCUGGCCGAUGGAGAUAUGGAUCAGCUGUCGCUGGAAAUCGAGAAGGAAAGGGUCGAGUACCUGACCAAAUCGAAGCAGGUCCAGAACCAGCUCAAAGAGCUACGGUCCGAGAUCGAGCAGCUCAAGAUCGGCGAGAAUCACUGCCCGCUGGACUCGAUCAAUGCCCAGCAGACGCGCCUAGGUGAGACCAAGUAUUCCACCCUGAAGAAGCUCAAGUCCGGCUCGACGAAAGCGCGGGUAGCGUUCUUCGAGGAACUGUAAGUGCGAUUCAUCAUUUUUUCCGGAUCAAUGCUGCUGAAACCAGCAAGCAAACAAGCGAUCAAGGGGUUCCCUAGGGCGGCCCUGUUUUCGUUUUUCGUUUGACGAGAUUUCACAAAAAUCUCUCUCUAGACAGCAACUGUUGUACUGUUGUGUUUGGUAGCCUGUGUUGUAGCCAGAUUAGUUUUACCUUACUCUUAGUUCUAGUAGUUUAAAUCUCUCUUUUCUUUCACCGUCUAGCGUGUGCUUUUAUUUCGUGUUCCUCGUCAUUUUGGAAUCGUGCAGCCUCAAAAAUUUUGUUUUUAAAAUUUCAAAUUUAAACCUUUUAAUUGCCUAUCAGUUUUGAUUAGCAUUUAAUUGGAUUAAACAUAUGAGAAGGUCACCUAUCACCAUUUGUAGGUGUUUACUAGCCUAAAUCGUGUCAUAUUCCAUCAGUAGUUGAACAUUUUCAUCAACUAAGUUUACGAUAAAACAUCGUAAUGUCUCAUGAUUGCCAGAAUGAAUUAAUUAGGUAGAUUAAAUUUGGCUCUUGGUAGAACAUGUGUAUACAAUUUGAUUCACAAGUAUAAAAGAUAUAUUAACUUCUCACUAGAAAUCAAGAAAUUAGCAGAAAAUGUAUUUUAUUUAUAUAUUUUGUAAGCAAGCAGUCUAUAGUUAUUAUACUAGUUUUUCUUUAGUUUAAAUUUCGUAAAGUCGCUAUUAUUUAGUGGUUAGCCCAGCUAUUUACAUGAUAAACACAAUUUGAAUCCUACUGAAGUUUACAUAGGUAGAUCUUAGAAUAACACGUAUUCUGAUAAGCGAAAACAUGAGCACAUGUUUUACUUUUUAUAUACAGGAAUCCAGCACAAAAUUUAGAAUAAAAAGUCGAAUAAAUAAACUUUAUUUCCUUUUAAACAAUAUACAAAAGAAACAUAGUACAAAUAACCAUAUCAAUUCAGCCGAAAGUAUCAAAUGUACCUAAAGCAUCUUCAACUCAUCAAAAACACAUGUUCAUUUAUGUAUUUGUUGGGAGUUCGCGCGUUUUUUUUCUAUCAAAUUGAUGGUAAAAGGUAAAUUAAAUUACUCUUUUUGUGUUGCAUGCUAUGCUUUCGUUUAAAAAGUUCUUUUUUAUUGGAUGUUUUUCUUUUGUAGUGUGUUCGUUCUUUCAACUAAAUUUUUUCUUCACCUGCUGGAAGAUACCUGAGGUAUGUCUUACGCUGAUGGGUUUAGCCUGACCUCAAUUCUAUGCCUUUUGUAUACGAUACCUUUGUUCGAAAACUGUUAUCAAAGAUUUUGAUAUUCCUAUUAAAGUUUUUUCUUUAUUAUUCUCAUACAGGGAACCAGAGGAAUCCUUAGCCUAGAAAGGUUCAAGCCACGACAGGAUCGCCAACUAUUGAAAACGCACAACAUGGUAUACAUUUUGCGGAUCGAACAAACAAAAAAGUGCCUCGUGAGUGACAAUACUCCCUGAAUCAUCAGGACAGACCAUCACUGUGCCAACAAAACCCUGCCUUCGAUUCGAUGUGAUUCGAAUCACGAGACGAGAAAAUAAAAACAGACUUUUGCCUUACGCUCUCAAUUUUAAUGGGAAGCCUCAUCGACUUUAUCUCUUCCUAGGGGUUAAGUUUGAAAUUGUAAAUACAUGAACUUUUAAAUGACUAUUUA